AUUUUCCUUUCUCAUCACAGACAACCAGAACAAGUCAACAUUUCUAUGCUAUCCAAGAGCAACUGCCUUCAAUCCACUCUGAGAACCAUUCGAACACCAAAGACGACUCUUUAUAAAGUCAACAAGAUUCCAUCUACAAGAAUACUUUCCAGCUUUAUUCCACCAAACUACUACAACAAAAUGGCCUUCUUCCCACGUCUCGCUGGUGGUGAAUUCACCCCCCUUUUCCGUCUCCUUGAUGACUACGAUGCCCACCGCGCUUGUGCAUCUGAGACCAACAUCGCUCGUUCCUUUGCUCCAAAGUUCGAUGUGAGAGAGCUGAAGGACGAGUACCAUCUUGACGGAGAAAUCCCCGGUGUCAACCAGAAGGACAUCGAGAUUGAAUUCUCUGAUCCGCAAACACUCGUUGUUCGUGGCCGAACCAAGCGCGAAUACACUUCCACCAACAUGGACAACGACGCAAUCGAGGAAGCCCCUGCCUCUGCAUCUAUCGAAGAUGAGCCAUCUUCUGCCAGAAGGGACUCCCACCAAGCCACUGUUGAAGAUGAAGAGGAGCAAACCACUUCUCGCCCUGCCUCUCCCGCCAAGGACAACAAAGUCGCCAAGGCCAGCAACAAAUCUGUGAAGAAAGCUGAUGCCCCCUCCUUCAAAUACUGGAUGACCGAACGUUCCAUUGGCGAGUUCAACCGUGUCUUCAAAUUCCCAUCCCGAGUCGACCAGGACGGAGUAAGUGCCAGCUUGAAGGAUGGUAUCCUGUCCAUCAAGGUGCCUAAGGCAGCUCCACCAACACUCAAGAAGAUCAGCAUUCUCUAA